AUGAACACCCACCCUCGUUAUCCCCUCCUCUGCCCACAGGAGGCCGUGUCGUCUGCCAACAGGAAGGCAUCCAAAGAUGCCAUCAAGAAAAUGGAACAAUUUCUUCUAGAGCAAGCUGAGGUCGAGUGCCUGCAGGUGACGCCCAGCGAGAUGCAGCAGCGACUGAAGGAGAAACGCCAAGAGCUGUUGCAGGGCUGCUGGAAGGAGCUGAUGGGUGACGACUCCCAAAAACAGGCCAUCCUGGAGGAGCUGGAGCAGGAGUCUGCAAGGAUGCAGGAGGCUUCCCUGCUGCUCUAUAGGAACAAGUAUAAGGAGGCCGUGUUGUCUGCCAACAGGAAGGCAUCCAAAGAUGCCAUCAAGAAAAUGGAACAAUUUCUUCUAGAGCAAGCUGAGGUCGAGUGCCUGCAGGUGACGCCCGGCGAGAUGCAGCAGCGACUGAAGGAGAAAAGCCAAGAGCUGUUGCAGGGCUGCCGGAAGGAGCUGAUGGGUGAUGACUCCCAAAAACAGGCCAUCCUGGAGGAGCUGGAGCAGGAGACUGCAAGGAAGAAGGAGGCUGCCUUGCUGGUCUAUGGAAAAAAGUAUAAGGAGGCCAUGUUGUCUGCCAACAGGAAGGCAUUGGGAGAUGCCAUCAAGAAAAUGGAACAAUUUCUCCUGGAGCAGGCUGAGGUCGAGUGCCUGCAGGUGACACCCGGCGAGAUGCAGCAGCGACUGAAGAAGAAACACCAAGAGCUGUUGCAGGGCAGCCGGGAGGAGCUGCUGGGUGACGACUCCCAGAAACAGGCCAUCCUGGAGGAGCUGGAGCAGGAGUCUGCAAGGAUGCAGGAGGCUUCCCUGCUGCUCUAUAGGAACAAGUAUAAGGAGGCCGUGUUGUCUGCCAACAGGAAGGCAUCCAAAGAUGCCAUCAAGAAAAUGGAACAAUUUCUUCUAGAGCAAGCUGAGGUCGAGUGCCUGCAGGUGAUGCCCAGCGAGAUGCAGCGACAGCUGAAGAAGAAACGCCAAGAGCUGUUGCAGGGCUGCCGGGAGGGGCUGCUGGGUGACGACUCCCAAAAACAGGCCAUCCUGGAGGAGCUGGAGCAGGAGUCUGCAAGGAUGCAGGAGGCUUUCUUGCUGGUCUAUGGAGAAAAGUAUAAGGUCUGGCUUCUUUGCUACCUUUAA